AUGCCUCGACACCGGAAGAAGAAUGAAAUCUUUGACUCCUAUGGUUUGCCAAAACCGAUUAUUGAAGUUGUGCAAACUCCUACAAGGACCACGGCCAGCGCUAGCACAAGACCUUUGAUUGAAUACCAGGCGGCCCCAAAGCAACAUUCAGUACACAAUGAACAUAAGUUGACACAGUGUACUUUAAUUCCAGAGCUGGCUCAUGGCUUAACGUAUACUCUCCCUGAAAGGCGGCCUUACUCAUUGCAACAUAUAUCGGCUUUGAAAAGAGCAUGCAAAUCCAUGGCAAGAUAUUUCAAAGAAACUUCAAUCACUUCUCUUUCCCCCGCACAACCUGUCAAUAGCGAUGACGCCCACUUCUUGAGAAUGGAAGGUAGAGUUAUGUUUGCACAGCCGAUAGCAACGUACAAAAGCUCAGGUCCAUCAGGCAAAACUUUUGGAGUCAUCCGUCUUGAAGGUGAAAGGGUCAGGUUUAAAGCUGCAAGCGGCUGGGGAAAGAGAGAUCAUGAUGAUUCACUGCGAGAUAACGAAUUUUGCUCAGCUCUGCAAGGUUCAGACUACAAAUGA